GAGUGAAGAGAGGGUCAGAAACAUAUGCUAGUUUUUUUGAGACUUUAAGCAAAAACUGUCCAAGGAGUGCAGCACUGAUGGCUAGGGAGCCUUACUACAAAGAAUUCAUCCCCAAAUCUAGUAUGCUUCCUAAAACUGUUCUUGAAUACAGAACACCAGAGACUCUGCAGCUACCGCCCAAAGAGCUUGGAGAGCUAUGCCAGGUAUUCCAGCUAGAAGAGCUCAUCAUGUCCCAGGUCCAGGCUGUAGAGAGGGCAACUCGAAGUCAGAGUGCAAGCAGGAUUUGGUUUAGGCAAAGAGCUGGACGCAUAACUGCUUCCAAGCUGAAACAAGCUAUUAAGACCAACCCACAGCAACCAUCCAAGAGCUUGAUCAAGGCCAUAUGCUACCCAGAAGCAUAUAGGUUCACCACAGCCGCUACAAGUUAUGGAUGCAAACAUGAAGCACAAGCCAGAGGAGUCUAUGAGAAGCUGAUGGGUCGGGAGCAUGCAGGCUUCUCCUGUAUGGACAGUGGUCUCUGGCUGAACCCCAAGUGGCCAUACAUGGGGUCCUCCCUGAUGGGAUUGUUGCUUGUGACUGUCACGGAACUGGCAUCUGCGAGAUUAAGUGUCCACACUCUCACCAAGAUGAAGCCAAUCUGCGCUUGUGUGCUGGGGAAAAGGGCUUCUGCCUCAUCAAUGAUGGGGAUAAUCUCUUCCCCUUGAUGUUCGCAAUAGCGACUGCUUGUUGACUUUUAAAACGCGUCUUAAGACAUAUCUUUUUAUACAAGCUUUUUUAUAACAUAUUGUAUUGAGUUUUUAAUGCACUUUAUCUGUAUGCGGCUUGUUUGUUGUGUGUAUUGUCUUAUGCAGUGACCUGUAUAUUGCUUGUGAGGUGACCUUGGGUGUUAUGAAAGGAACCAUUAAAUAAAAUGCAUUAUUAUUAUUAUUAUAAUGUCAUGCUGGACCGGACACAUGACUACUACUACCAAGUUCAGGGACAGCUUCACAUUGUAGACGCUGAGUACUGUGAUUUUGUUGUGUGGAACCACAAUGACAUUUUUGUUGAAAGGAUUUUGCCCGAUCUUGAACUUUGGGAUGAUGUUAUCCCUAAAGUUGAGUGCUUUUUUAGAAACGGUAUACUCCAGAAAUACUGGGACAGCAAGUUACAAACUCACAUGUAUAAUGUAAUGAAAGGAUCUAGGCACUCUACAUUUUGACUAUUGUUAUGAGUGUGGUCUUUGUGAGUUCUGGUUGUUGUAUAAUUUAAAUGAAAAGAUUAAAUGCCAUUGAGAA